AUGGACGCGCAUAACUCUUCCGGUGCAUCCGCCACCUCAGGCGAUGACUUGAAGCUCAAGAAUCGCCUGAACGAAAGCCGAAGCCCUUAUGUCCGAGGCCAUAUGAACAACCCGGUCGCAUGGCAGAUGUGGGGACCAGAAGCAAUUGAGCUGGCGAAGAAGUCGAACAGGCUGAUAUUCAUCAGCAUAGGUUAUGCAGCAUGCCAUUGGUGUCAUGUCAUGGAGCGCGAGUCGUUCGAGAACGAUGAGGUCGCGAAGCUGCUGAACGAGAACUUCAUACCAAUAAAGAUUGAUCGCGAAGAGCGCCCAGAUGUCGACCGCAUAUACAUGAACUACGUUCAGGCAACAACAGGCUCAGGAGGAUGGCCCCUGAAUGCUUUCAUCACACCAGACCUGGAACCGAUAUUCGGCGGGACGUACUGGCCUGGUCCAGGGUCCACGAUGGCAAUGGGCGAGCACAUUGGCUUUGUUGGCAUACUCAAGAAGAUUCGCGAUGUGUGGAGGGAUCAGCGUCAGAGGUGUCUAGACUCAGCAAAGGAGAUUACAGCACAAUUGCGAGACUUUGCUGAGGACGGCAACAUCAGCAGAAAAGAUGGCGCAGCUCAUGAAGGCUUGGAUCUAGACCUCCUGGAUGAAGCAUAUGAGCACUUCAAAAAGCGCUACGACAAGAAGCACGCAGGCUUCGGCAGUGCGCCCAAGUUUCCUACGCCCUCGAACCUCCAAUUCCUCCUCAAGCUUUCCGAAUUCCCGAACGCCGUCAGAGAAGUAAUCGGAGCAAAAGAUUGUACACACGCGAAGGACAUGGUAUUGGCUACACUGGAUGCGAUGAACAAGGGUGGUAUACAUGAUCAGAUUGGAAAUGGCUUUGCACGAUACUCCGUCACCAAAGACUGGAGCCUACCGCAUUUCGAGAAGAUGCUCUACGAUCAGACACAGCUGCUUCCUGUGUACCUGGAUGCGUAUCUCAUGACGAAAAGCCCGGAACACCUCUCAGCAGUCCACGACAUCGCGACAUAUCUGACCAGCCCGCCGAUGCACGCCGAAGGUGGAGGCUUCUUCUCGUCGGAGGACGCGGAUUCAUUAUACAGACCGAAUGAUAAGGAGAAGCGAGAAGGCGCUUUCUACGUGUGGACGUUGAAGGAGUUCCAGGACAUACUAGGCGAUCGAGACGCCGAGAUCCUCGCACGAUAUUACAAUGUCAAGGACGAGGGCAACGUCGCACCCGAACAUGAUGCGCAUGAUGAACUGAUCAACCAGAACGUACUAGCCAUCACCGCAACACCAGAAGACCUGGCAAAACAGUUUGGUCUGUCAGAAGACGAGGUCAGUAAGAUACUGACUGAGGGUCGGCAAAAGCUACUCGAGCACCGCAACAAAGAGCGUCCACGACCCGGUCUCGACGACAAGAUUGUAGUAUCCUGGAAUGGACUCGCCAUCGGCGCCCUAGCACGAACCUCUGCCGCGCUCUCAUCACAAGAUCCCACACGCUCAAAAGCAUACCUAGCCGCAGCCGAGAAAGCAGCCGCCUUCCUCCAAAAGGAGCUUUACAACUCCGACACCAAGACUCUGAUCCGCGUCUACCGAGAAGGCCGUGGCGACGCCCCUGGUUUUGCAGACGACUACGCCUACCUAAUCUCGGGUCUCAUCUCCCUCUACGAAGCCACCUUCAACGACGCCUACCUCCACUGGGCCGACGACCUCCAACAAACUCAACUGCGCAUGUUCUGGGACAAAGAAAACCUCGGCUUCUUCUCCACGCCCGAAGACCAAAAGGAUCUCAUCAUGCGGUUGAAAGAUGGUAUGGACAAUGCCGAACCAGGCACAAACGGCGUUUCAGCACAGAACCUAGACCGCUUGGGUGCGCUACUAGAAGACGAGAGUUAUACCAGGAAAGCACGCGACACGGCGUCUGCUUUUGAAGCUGAGAUUAUGCAACAUCCUUUCCUCUUCCCUAGUAUGAUGGAUGCGGUUGUUGUUGGUAAGCUCGGUAUCAGACAUAGUGUCAUCACGGGUGAAGGUCAGAAAGUGGAGGAGUGGCUGCAGAGGUACCGGGAGCGGCCUGCUAGUCUCGGUACUGUUAGUAGAGUGGGGAAAGGUAUGGGGGAAUGGUUGAGUAAGAGGAAUGAGCUGGUUAGGAGUAUGGAUGCGGCCAGGGAGGGGGUUAUGGUGUGUGAAGGUGGUGCGUGUAGAGAUGCGUUGAGUAUGGAUAUGGGGAGUGUGGGAGAUGCUGUGCCGAAGGUGUAA